AUGGAGCUAAAACGGCUGACGAGCACCGUCGACGACGCCGAGGUGCGCCUGCGGGACCUCGUGGCCUCGCGGACCACGGCCGACGUCGCUGAGGAGACCCGCGUCGCCCAACUCGCAGCGCUCCAUGCGCUUCGACGCCUCCUCGACGAGGACAUUGGUAUCAAGAUGGACAAGUUUAUGGAGCGGCUGGCGUGGUCCGACCCCGUGACGAACGAGCCGCGGUACGGUCCGGUCAUGCAAGACAAGAUCCGAGCAGUGCAUGCGCGCGUCGAAGCGCUGCGAGGGCAACUGGUCGAGAUCCGCGACGAUGUCGAGACCGAUGGCCUCGCGAUGGCCGAGCGACCUCGAGCA